ACAAAUCCUGGCCAAAAUUGACCAAACUUCUUAAUUUUACACUGAAAAUUACGAAAAUUUUAGAUGUGCCCCCUGCGUCAGUGAUUAUGAAAACAUAGGUUGUGCCGCACCCACCUCCAAAUGCUUCCUAUGGGCCUGCAACGUAAUAGACGUACUUAUAUAUUAUUGUAUAACUUUUGUAGACAAAUUAUACAUGUAUAUACGUUAUUUGUAAACCUGCACUAGGUUUCUCCAUUUCUUUUCUAAGUUUACAGCAAUGUUUUCCUGAAAUAUAGCUGUUGUACAAGUAUCUGAUCAGAGAUUUUAGGAAGAUGUUGUGCGGAAGUAUACUUUCCCUAUCAAAAUGCUCCUUAACUUAUUUGAAGGAGACGAGUUAAUACGAGAAUAUUUUUUCGCCGGGUACACUUACAGCGAGAUUAUAACAAUUUUGAAUCGACGUCAUGGCACUACGAUCAGCCUCAGACAGCUUAGCAGGCGCCUAAGGUUGCUUGGUCUUAGAAGACACAAUAUGCCAGGAAAUGAAGGCACAGUUAUUGAAGCUAUCCGUCGUGAAAUUGAGGGAAGCGGCUCCUCACUCGGAUACAGAGCUAUGACUCGACGUCUACUGUCUUCGCACGGCAUAGUUGCUUCAAGACAAACGGUGGCUGCAGUUCAAAGAGAACUUGAUACAGAAGGUGUCCGACUUCGGCAACAUCGCCAGUUCACACGUAGAAUCUACAUCAAUAAAGGACCCAAUUACUUGGUGCAUAUCGAUGGAUACGAUAAGCUGAAGCCGUACGGUUUUCCCAUCCAUGGGGCAAUAUGUGGAUUUUCUAGAAAAAUACUUUGGCUGAAAGUUGCCAGAUCUAACAACGAUCCAAAAGUUGUAGCGACCUUCUUUCUGGAGUAUUUAAAUGCUAUAAAUGGUGUUCCAAGGUGUAUUCGAACUGACGCAGGAACCGAAAAUGUAUUGGUCCAAGACAUGCAAAUGGCGUUUCGAUGGGAACAUUCGGAUGACAUGAGCGCAGAACGUAGUGUAAUAAUUGGGAGUUCACAUUCUAAUCAGCGUAUAGAGCGUUGGUGGCUGUCAAACAGACAAGGUGGAUGUCAGUACUGGAUAGAUCUCUUUAAAGAUAUGGAAAACGCUGGACUUCUCUCAACAAGUGAUGAACUACACAUAGAAUGCGUGCGUUUCUGCUUCAUGGACAUAAUACAGAAAGAGCUUGACCGAGUGCGAAUGGAAUGGAAUCAACAUGCAAUACGGAGAAAUGGACCUGAAGACUCUCCAAGCGGGAAACCAGACCUCAUGUACUAUAUGCCCGAGUUGUUUGGUGGUGUUGAUUACAAGGUUACGUUGAACCAGAGAGACCUUGAUCAAGUGUCAUCAGAAUUCUGUUAUACGGGGCCUAUACGGUGCAUAAGCGAAACAGAAGCACAGUUUGAACGGGAAAUGAGACGAAAACAUUUGCGCAUGCCAGUUACAGCUGAUGAAGCAAUAGAAGUAUUUGGUGCCUUAAAUCCCGCUGUUUAGAACCAAACAACAGAACAUCAUUGUACUACAUAGUCACCCAGCAUACACUCUAAGCCUAAUACAAUGACAUUUGCUUAAAUAUGGCAAAGAAGUUAAUAUUAGCAAAAAAAGCUACUUUCAAAAGCAAUAAAACGUUUGUUUGUUAUUUCGUUUGGCUGUCUGUGUCCUCUGUACAGUUAUAUGCUGCCAUACAAGGCUGGUAAAUUUGUUUUUGUUGUAUUAUAUCUUCGAAUGAAUGAUCUCGCAAUAAACAUGUACAUAAAUACAGACAAAUCCAUUCCACUCCGUUUCCUCAAUGAUGACAAAAUCGUGUUGGCCUAACGUUUCUUACCCGAGAAUCUUUAUGAAGUUCUAUUUAAAUAUUCCAAACCACUUCCUAGAUAUGGCUUCGGACUGAUGGAUGGAUGGACAACCCCAAAACUAUACCCCUCCACCUUUGCUGGGGGAUAAUCCAC